AUGGAACGUCCCCCAGGAUUCUUUGAAAAGCACUACCUUCUUAGCAAUGCUUUAGGAUAUUACACAAACCUUAAUACAACAGCAAAGUAUAAUCGCUAUGUUGAAAAAGCUCAUUUAAGUGCCGCCUUGCAGCACAUGGUCUAUGAGAACCCCUGGUUUUGCAGCAACUACUUCAAGGUCAACAACACUGGCGAUGUCUUCAAAGACUAUAUAUUGCGCUCUGUCGACCAUAUCAAUUUCGGAGUGGUUGUUGAAUACGUCAAGAUCGACAAAUUUGACAGAGAAAUCCUUGAGGAGAUCGAUAAACGAAGGGUGCCAAUUGGCAAAGAUAAUGCACCCUUGUGGCGUCUUCUAAUUCUAGAAACCGACACUGAGCAAUACUUUACUUUUUAUGCUUGCCACUCACUUUUUGAUGGCAUCAGUACUCUUCAAUUUCACAAGGACCUUCACAAGUAUUUGGAUCGGACUGAAUCGUCUAAAUUUCAGGAAAACCUCUUUACCAACAAUGGCCAAACCCCAGUCCUUCCCGCAGUUGAGACAAGCCUCGACUUAUUUCGUCCUCUGUGGUCUCAAAAAUGUCUUUUCACUUUAGCAGUCAAACACGCUCGCUUGUAUAACUGGCUCAAGUGGGUCGGUGACGGCUUCUCAGCACCUCUCGAAAUAUUCCAAGCAGGACCAGUCACUGAGCAAGUUCACACCAAGUUCAGGAUAAUCAACAUCCCCAACGCAGAUGUCAAUAAACUAGUUGAUCACUGCCGAUCGAAGUCAUAUACACUAACCCCUUACUUGACAGCGAUCUUGAAAAGAGCGUUACAGAAAGUUGUAUACCCGCACUACUAUACUGACUCUUCAAAUGUCGUCACCAGGAUACUUAUGGCAUUUGAUGGAAGACGGUAUGAUCAUGAGUUGAGAAGUCCUUUCAAGUACGGUCUUGUCAUAUCGGGGCAGCUACUAGAUCUCUUUCCCGUCGGGAGCUUUAACAAAGAAGUGCACUCUAUAUAUAAAUCUAUUCAAAGCAAUUUGAAGUCUCGGCUAAGUUUCAAGUAUAUUUGGACUGCCAAUCUCAUUGAUACGGAAGAAGUGCUACGAGGCUCAAUAAGCUCGAAGUUGAGAACCACAAUUCUUAUGACAAACCUUGGUGCGAUAAAAGAUAAUCCUGAUCAAAAUUGGCACAUCACAGAUGCAUGGUUUGCCCUGAAUAGAACAAUUAAUUACCAUUUCAUUAUGCAUGCUGUGUCCACAUCCACCGGUGGACUCAACAUUGUUCUCGGGUACCUGCCUGAGUAUGACAAUCUAGAAACGACGAUCGAAGGAGAGAAAGUGGGAGUAAUGGACGCUGUGGAGUCAGAAAUCGAAAGCUCGUUACUUAAGAACAUUGAAUCAUGA